AUGGCCGAGGAGGCCAACAAUCUAACGCCCAAGGCAACUCAACAACAAAGCGCCAGAAGCGGUACUAUAAAUCUUUCUGGUCGAGCGAGGGCCAGAGGCCGAAGUAACGUAGCCAGAGAUCGAUGUGGGUGGUGUAUCGUAUCCCGUAAGGGCUGUGACAGUGUCAAGCCCGUCUGUGGCAACUGUCGGAAAAACCCAGAGCGCUGCGAGUGGCCUGCGGGUAAUCCCUCAAGAAGUGGAUUGACUAAAUUGCGGAUGUCCAGGAUAUUUGGCGAAGAAAAUCUGCAGCACAGCACGUCUGAUGACGACCACAACGAUGCUGGCACAGCUGAAGAGGGGUUGACAAGCAGCGACAUGGCCGGAGCACAACUGGCGACCAGUGAUCAGCAGGUUCGGAGACGAUCCGUCUCACCAUUUCAAGUUUUCGAGCAAGACGAACAACUCAUUGCAAGAGUGAUAUUGGCGCAGCCAUGUCCAGUUGAUCAACAGGCCCCAAGAAGUCUUUCGCCAGGAAUGCAGCGUCUCGAACAAGUCCGAGUGAGAGUCCUCGAGAGCACCAGAGUAUACCUAGGCAACGACUCUCAGCUGCCAGUGAACACGCAAGAGCGACGAGGUAUUGUUGGCGAAGCACAGAACCGUCAAUCUCAGGAGCAAAUAGACUCGCAAGAUAAUAGUCCGCAAGUUCAACAGGACUCCGACUUCAAGUUGAGUAUCAGCGGCAGCGAUGCUGAAACCAACGACGAAGAUCUCCUCAGAGCUUGGCUUACCCCGGGGGUUCUUUAA